UAGCAUCAUACACAGACACGCGAGCCCCAAAUCCAGGAAUCCUGUAAUACACAGCAGCAGCAGUAGCAGCAGUAGUAGAAUCCCGGGGAGCUCGGAGUCGUAGUCGUCGUCGUCUGCAUCGUUAUUAUAUACGCGCGAUACAAAAGCAUGACCGACGGCAGCAGCUACUGCGUCGAGCUUUCGCAAGCUCGAUAAUAAUUUCGAUCGAUUCAAAGUGCGCGGGGAGGUGCGUGAAUCCGCGUUAACCUAGUGGAAAAUUCACCCGGUCGUUAAAAAUCAUUCGAAAACAAAAACAAAAUGGACGAGAAUCUGUCGCGGGGCUACGUCCAGCUCGGCAAGGCCAGAAGAAUGAACGAGUUCAAGUUCAGCGAUCAUCAUCAUCAUCAUCAUCAUCAUACGGCAUCGGGAGGAUCAUCGGCUGGCGCUGGCGAAGGAGGAGGAUUCGCGCGCGUCGCCCCUCCGGUCGACAGAUGGAAUCUCGUAUACCUGUCGCUCCUGCUCGCUGGUGCUGGCUUUCUUUUGCCUUACAAUAGCUUCAUCAUCGCCGUGGAUUACUUUCAGGAUCGUUAUCCCGGCACCACGGUGGUGUUCGACAUGUCCGUCGUCUACAUCAUCACGGCCUUCUUCGCGGUGCUGCUCAACAAUGUCCUCGUCGAGACCCUGUCGCUCGGCACGAGGAUCAUCUUCGGAUACUUCGUGUCGUUCGUCACGCUGAACUUCGUCGCCACGUGCGAGAUACUCUGGGACCUGUUCAGCCUGUCCACCUCCUACACGAUCAAUCUCGUGGCCGUGGCCGUGGUCUCGCUCGGCUGCACGGUGCAACAGUCGAGCUUUUACGGCUUCACGUCGAUGCUACCGAGCCGAUACACUCAGGCAGUCAUGGCUGGUGAAAGUCUCGCGGGCUUCUGGGUGUCGCUCAAUCGGCUGAUCUCGAAAUCGCUGAUCGACGACGAGCGCGGCAACACCUCGGCCUUCUUCUACAUGUCCAUACUCACCAUCGUGCUGAGCUACGUCAUGCAAAAGAUCAUACACAAGACCGAGUUCGUGCAGUACCACGUGGCCCAGUGCCAGGAGAGGAAUCGCAUCGUCCUCGAGCCGCAGGACUAUCAGGACGAUCUGGCGGCAAGCGGACUGAUGGACCCGACGAUGGACGGCGGUAGCGCAGGGGGAGAUAGCGCUUCGAGGGGACAGUACGGAGUGCUGAAGCUGCACACGAGCCCGCCGCCGAACAGCGAGACGACCGGAGCUGGAGACGGCGGGAGCGACAGCACGGGCCAGUUGUUCGAGUUCUCGUUCAGCAAUCCGGUGUACGAUCCGACGGCGCCGACAUCUCAGCCUCCGCCGGGUAUGAGCAGUGGCGGUGGAAGCAGCGGCGGCGGGACGACCUACAAGGUCGAGGACAUCGUGGUGAUGAGGGGUGGCAAUUACGGCAACGAGCGCAUACGGGCGCCGCCCUCGAGGAUGAGCAAGCGCUGGUCGGGUAUCAAACGCGGUAUGCUGGCUCGCCUCGAGGUCUCCAAGCUCAUCUACCCGUACAUGGCCAGCAUCGGCAUGGCCUACUUCGUCACUCUCUGCCUCUACCCGGGCAUCAUCUCGGAGAUCGCCUCGUGUCGCUUCGGCUCCUGGAUGCCCGUCAUCCUCAUGGCCUGCUUCAACGGGGCCGAUCUCGUCGGCAAGAUCCUCGCCACCCUGCCCAUCCAGUGGACGCGCUCGCAACUGCUCAACUUCUCGUUCUCGCGUCUCUUUCUCAUCCCCCUCUUCCUCAUGUGCGCCAUACCCCGUUACGCCCCCAUCCUCCGCUCGGAGCUGUCGCCCAUCGUGCUGUCGAUCGUGCUCGGCCUCAGCAACGGCAUAUUCGGCAGCGUGCCGAUGAUACAGGCCCCGGCCAAGGUGCCUGAGGAGCUACGAGAGCUGGCCGGCAACAUCAUGACGCUGUCCUACACGACGGGCCUGUGUCUGGGCUCGAUCAUGGCCUACAUGUUCGAGGCCUGCCUCGGGCCACCGGUGACUUUUUGGCGGCUCUGCGCACCACCACCGCCAUCACCCGUCACGACGACGACGACCAACAGCACGCACAUCUUGACCAGUCAUUUAUUCACGUUUCAUCCGUACGGCUUCGCGACGAGCACUCCGAGACCAACGACUACUACUACUACUACUACUGCGUCGACGACGAGGGCGGCUACGACGAUGGCGAGCUUACUGAGCACGAGUCUGGCGAGUCUGGAAAGAAUGACGAAGAAGCAGCGAACGAAAUUGCCGAAACUCAGAACGACGACGACGACGGCGAUGACCACGACGCUGACGAGCCUCUUCACCACGGCCUACAUGACGACGAUGGAGGCCAACUCGGAGGUCGGAUUGAUCGGCAACGUGACCCGAUUGGUGGCCAACGCCACGGCGCAGGCGUUCGUCAACGCCGACUAAAUCCUGUGUACGUGUGUAUAUAAUAUAGCGCGCGCGUGUGUGUGUACAUAAUUAUUUUUUCGCGCGAGCCGCGUUGUAAAUAUUUUACGAUUUAGGCCGUUGUAACGUUUUGUAUAAACCUAUAUACCUCCCCCGUUUUCAAAACACGUCUGAUCGUAAAUUUAAAUUUAAAAAAAAAACCAAUUUACUACCUCAUAUACCUACCUCUGUGUAAACUUGUGAUAUAUACGAUUCCAAAGAAAACGAAAAACAUAAUGAUAAAAAAAUUGAUAUCUCUAGUCACCCCCCGUAACAUAUCACGGUACGUAAUCUUGAACGAAGAACCAAUAUCAUUGGUCGAGACUGCUGUAUUCUUCUUCUUUUUUUUUACUAUAAAUGUGUAUAGUAUAUUAAUCGACGAUUAGGAUAUAAAGGAGAAUAUAUAUGUACAUUUAUUAUAAGAUUUUUUCUCUUCUCCUUCUUCUUCUUUUUUUGUGCGUCCAUUGCCCGCGUAAUAAUAAUAUAAUUCCUCAUAAACCCAUUACCUCGAUUUGCAAAGGUAAUAGCGACGACGAUGCCGAUGACACUGAAUUAAUCCGGUAUAAUAAUCCUAUACACGUGUUCCUUCCUGAAUUUCGCGCGUACAACACGUACAGUACUACUACUCUCACGUGCCGAUCGCUAUAUGUAUAAAAUAAGUGAGAGGGAGAAAAAUUUCUCGCUCGCGGAUUUAAUGGUUGUAAAUAUCGUAUAAUACAAAAGGUGCCGGUCGUUUAUAGCGCGCGACAUUAUUAUAUACGUAUGUUGGCGAUGUGGACCUCGAAGGUUGCACCUCAUUACACGCGGUUGAGGCUCUUCCUAUAUAAUAUUAACAAAAAAAAAGAAAAAAAAAAGACGAAGAAGGAUAAUGUGAAUUCCGUGUAAACAAAAAUAAUUAUGACGCGCGCUCGUUUAUCGACGCGCGAGUGGAAAAAAGAAGUGCGUAUUUUUCACCUCUCUCUCGCGAUGGAAUGCGAGAAACUAUUUCACCUGUUUUAUACGGUCUGCGAUGAUCGAUGCUGGAUCUCUUUUUUCCUCGAUAUACCUGUACGUAUAAGUGUAAUAUAAUACGACCAUAUCUAUGUAAUGAAUGUUAAAACCAAAAAAUAUCAAAGGAAGAAGUUGUAUAUUGUUCUUGACGUAAUGCGCAAAGUGCAGAUAAAAAGCUGGUUUAUCUAUCCCUGGUAAAAAUGCUUGAUAUUUCGUGGCUAGUUUUUUGACGAACGAAAAAGUUUCUUGAACUUAGAAACUGAAGAGUGAAAUCUUUCAUUUCAAUCAUUUUAUGAUCUUGUAAUGCCCUAUGUUCAGUGAAUGACCACUUUUUUUACGAUACAAAAAUGCUCUUACAAGAGUAGGUUUUCUGCAUUUGAAAAGGAGUACAGUAAUUAUAUUAAAUUGGUUAUUUUGAAUUCAAUAAUCCAGGCAUUAAUACUACAGGUUACUUUGAUCUUGCAAUGACUUAUACAAUACUUUGACAUUGUCACUUGCAGAUUCGUAGGGGUAAUGGUACUCGCCAUCUAGUGGUGGAAGCUGGCUACAAUCUUUACAAGUUUCGUCACAAGAGUUAUAACUCUUGAAAACCAUGCUCCGACUUAUACAACUAUUUUGACUUUGCUACUUGCAGGUUUACAGAUGAAGAUACUCGCCAUCUAGUGGUGAAAGCAUGAACCGGCAUUAUCGUAGUAAAGUGCUUAAAAUUUAGUCUAAAUUUUUGGAAACAAAUCAUUUCAAAUGCGCAUAAUACUUUUAACGUAAGUGAAGCCAACAGUAAAAACAUCGGAAACAGACAAUUAAUGAUCAUGUAUUCUUGAAAAUUUUAAAUGGUAAUUUUUUGGUCAUCGGAUCAUUGGUAAUGUUGAGCAUUUCUACCAGGGUGUGUAUAUGAGUAAUUACAUUUUUGAGCUUCUAAAAUAUAUCAAUGUUAACGCUGUUCUUAUAGUACUGUUUUUCAUAUAAAUAUAUAUAUAUUAUAGGAAAUAAAUAUAAUUCAUUAGUUUUCCAAGUGUAAUUAGCAUUUUGUUAAGUUUACAAGAAAAUGGACAAAAAAAUAAAUAUUAUUUUCUUAUAUACAACUUGAAGAACUUUGGUACAUUGUUAUUGCACGAUUUUAUUAGAGCUUUUGAAUCAAGCUCACUCGAUUUUUUCAAAGCAAAGGGCACAAAUUUCUCACUCUUUCUAAUUUCUUAUCGACCUGCAUCUUUGAUUGAUCACCAUAAAAAUUAAAAUCAAAAUGAAAAAUUUAUCGAGCGGCCUUCCACGUUACAGUUUUUUGUAAUAUUAGGAAUUUUGUGCGAGCAUUUUUGCCGCUUGACCGUGCAUAACAUAUUCGCGAUGAAAUUCGUAUUAUUAUGUACAAAAAAAAUUCGAUAUUUCCUAUGUAUCUUUGGAGUGAACUCAUCGGAUGACGAUAUGAUAUAUUUUUAUAUAACGACGUCGACGAAGCGAUUCCAAAUGGAUUAUGACAUUAUUAGGUAAUAUGUUAUUAGUAAACAAUGAUUAAAUGUGCGUAUGUUCUUUCUCGUUAAAAAACAAAUUAACGAAUGAAGCAAAAAAAAAAAAGAUUCGUUGG